AAAAUGAAACAUGUCAUUUUCGAUUUGUAGAGAAGCUGUGUUGUGUGUUGCGAUAUUUUUAUCAUGGUAUAGAAAUACUUUCUUGAACUAUUUGCAUCAAGCUUGAUUGUCAAUCAAUGUUCGCGUAAUAUUUAUCGAACGACUGUCUGAUUGAAAUCACACCGUGCAGUUAAAUCGUAAAAAGAAGUGACAAAUGGCGAAUAUAUUAGUGCAACUGUGUGUACAGUGAUUGUGGAUUAUGGAUCGUCGGUGUUCUCAGUCCGUUCGGACGCUGGUUUUCGACGAUUCAGACUGUGAUCCGCCGAAAGCCGGCCAGAAGGAUUUGUCUUCAGCCGGGGCGCCUCCUUCCCUCAACCAGAGCGCAGAAGAUGCGGGGAAGAACACUCGCAGCAGUAACCUGGUGCGCAUGCGCAGGUCUGCCCUCGGGAAGUCGGCGCCCACGCUAUCCGUUCACGUGAAAGAGCCAUGCACCGUGUCCAGACGGCCGUCGCGGCUGCCUCCACCGCCUCCGCACCACAGGUUGUCCCUUGUGGUGGGGUCGAACCGCUGCAGCUCCCCGGGCACGGGCCCGCUGUCCCCGGCCGAGGGCCCCCGCUGGCCGCACGCGCACCACGCUCACCCACUGCACCACGCGCUGCUGUCGUCGAGCGUCAAGCGCGGCAAGGAGCUCUUGAGUAGUAGUAAGGAUAUCGAUGGACGCAGGUGGUCCGUGGCGUCGCUGCCGUCCUCGGGCUACGGAACCACGCCUGGCAGCUCUAGUCUAUCUUCACAAUGCUCGUCGCAAGAGCGUCUGCUUGCAGUGCAAGCGGUGUGCGAGCCACCGCCGCGGGCGCCCUGUCCACAUUGCCAUCAGCACCAGAAUUCUCUCAAUAGCUCACAAGGUAGCGGGAUGAACAACUGGGCGUCACUAUCAGAUAGUGGGGGUAGUGGGCACGCGGGAGCGCGAGCACCUUCCCCACAGAGCCCCGCCAGAAGAGUGAGGAGUAGAAGCCUCAGUUCACCGUCGCGGUCGCCAGGUGGCGCUGGUAGCGGCAGUGAAGCGAAAGAUGACGCAGUGUCAGCUAUGUCUUCACUGUUCGCCGCUCGGUUCCCGGCAGCGCAGCGGGCGAUGGAUGAUAAAUUGCGGGCGUUAAUAGAAGAGCUAACCGAAUUAGACAAGAAGCCAGAUCGAAAUCCUAUAGAACGAUUUGUACAAAGACAGGUGUUGGAAAUGGCCCGGGACUGUUUACACAAAUCAGAAUGUAAGCAGGUUACAAGCAGCUAUUUCUACGAUAUGGCCGACAGUCUGGACAGGUUGCUGGCGGAGACGCGGGAGAAAUCAGCGGAAGCGGGGUCGCAGGUGGCGCCACUGGUGACGCGGCUAAUACUCGCGAUGGCGAGGCCCGCGAGGUUGCUGGAAUGUCUCGAGUUCGAUCCCGAGAAGUUCUACAGGCUCCUGGAAGCUGCCGAAGGUCAAGCUAAGCAUGUACAGGGCAUAACGACAGACAUACCGCAGUACAUAAUUCAUAAACUGGGCCUGUCUCGAGACCCGCUAGCGGAGCUCAACGCCCCCCCUCCACCCCCACAGCCGCUGCCGCAGAACUCUUCUCCAUCUAAGAGCAGAGGCAGGUCGUCGCCGCCCGGGGGCGCGGCGGGGGCGCCGGCUGAGAGCGACUAUCAAGUGAUCAAGCUGAUAUCCAACGGAGCCUACGGGGCUGUGUAUCUUGUCAAACACAAGCAGACCAGGCAAAGGUACGCAAUGAAGAAAAUCAGCAAAAACAAUUUAAUAUUGAGGAAUCAAGUUGAACAAGCGUUUGCUGAAAGGGAUAUACUUAGUUUUGCCGAUAAUCCUUUUGUGGUGACGAUGUACUGCUCGUUCGAGACGAAGCGUCACCUGUGCCUGAUCCUGGAGUUCGUGGAGGGCGGGGACUGCGCCACGCUGGCGCGCAGCGGGCCGCUGCCGCCGGACAUGGCGCGGCAUUACUUCGCCGAGGCCGUGCUGGCUGUCGAGUAUCUGCAUUCCUACGGCAUCGUGCACCGCGACCUCAAGCCGGACAACCUGCUCAUCACCGCAACUGGCCACAUAAAGCUGACUGACUUCGGACUCAGCAAAAUGGGUCUUAUGUCAUUGGCGACGAAUCUGUACGAAGAAUAUGCAGACAGAGAAGCACGCCAGUUCUCUGAUAAGCAAGUGUGCGGCACACCGGAGUACAUCGCGCCCGAAGUUAUAUUGCGACAGGGUUACGGAAAGCCAGUGGAUUGGUGGUCUAUGGGCAUCAUUCUGUACGAAUUCCUGGUGGGAUGCGUGCCCUUCUUCGGAGACACGCCUGAGGAACUCUUCGCCCACACCGUCAAUGAUGACAUAGAAUGGCCGUCGGAAGAAGACUUCCCCAUAGCGGUGGAAGCGCGGGCCAUCAUCACGGAGUUGCUAGCGAGGAACCCUCGCGACAGGCUCGGGACUGGAGGCACGCAUCAAGUCAAGGAACACCUGUAUUUCUACGGAUUGGACUGGAACAAUCUCCUCAGGCGGAAAGCGGAGUUCAUUCCGCAGUUGGAGAACGACGAAGACACUAGCUAUUUUGACAGUCGUUGCGACCGCUACAACCAUAGCGAAGUGGACACGGACGAAGCCGCGGACAGCAACGAGGGCCGCGAGGACCCCGUGUUCGCCGCGUUCUCGAGCACUUCGCCGCAAUGGAGGAGGCAUUACCAUCAUUCUCAGUCACAUGUUUCUCACGAGUCUAGGAGCACGGACAGCUGGCCUGGCACCCCAGACAGCGCGGGGCCGCCGACGACGCCAACGGCUCCGCAUUUGCAUCAUCAUAAAUGUCCUAUGGUCGGAGGUAGUGCUUCAACAGCGGAAUCCUCUCAAACGGAUUCCGAUGACGUUUCCCCCGCGUGCCGACGCCGAGCCACCUUCAGGCCCACUAUGACCGUGUCCCACGGCUCCAUGGGGUCGAUCGGAGCCGUGGGCCUGGGCCAUUCAUUGCUGCACCAACACCAGCCACAGCCCACUAGCAUGGCCUUGGUUCCGAGAUUAGCGGACGUACCAAGGCGCGAAGAACGAAGCCUGGACAAGCCGGACAAAGUGGAGAAAGUGGACAAGGUCAGGCCAUCAGCUCUCAUAGCGCCCAAAUCUAUGAGGCGCUCCGCAAGUACCUCGGGGCUUUCAUUGGUCAUACACCCAGCGGAGGACCUAUCUAUAGGCGGUGGGGCAGGGUCGCCAUGUGCAGGCAACACUUCGUCCACUAACUCCUCGCGAGAUUCUUCACCGUGUCGCGACCCACCUUCACCAUUCGCACUGGCCAACCAUUCGCUGAUCCAGUCGUCGAAACCUCCUAUAGUCGUUCGUCGUGGACCGAGAGGAUUUGGCUUCACAAUACACACUGUUCGCGUGUAUUACGGCGAUACCGACUAUUAUACAAUGCACCAUCUUGUUUCGGCGGUGAGCGAACAGGGAGCUGCGUGGGCGGCGGGGCUGCGGGCGGGGGAUCUCAUAACUCAGCUCAACGGGGAGUCUGUGCAGGGGAUGCUGCACACACAGGUGUUGCGUUUGCUGUUGGCUGCACCACACGCCACGUUGAGAGCUACGCCGCUUGACCAAACUACAAUACAGGCGGGCGGGCGGCGCAGGGCCGGGGGCGGGCGGCGGGCGUCGGCGCCGCCGCGGCCGCGCCCGCGCCGCCGCUGCUCACUGUUCCGCCGGAUAUCCAGCAAGCGUGCCUCGCAGGAGAUGCAUCAGAUCGUGUCGAGCGCGGGGGCGGACUCCCCCUCGCCGGCCCCCUCGUCCCCCGCCACCGACAGCCCCCAUCACACAACCACUCACUACCAAAGGCCAUCAUCCCUCCACGGGCUCAAACACAAACUAGUCGCUGGGGGCGUGAGCAAUGUUGGCAACGUCAGCGUAGGGGGGGAGGUGAGGAGGGCGUCACUACAACACAUGCCACUAUCCCCCCUCGCGAGAACCCCUUCCCCCUCGCCGCAACCACAACCGCAACCCGCUUCUCCUACUAGUCGAUGCGAGGCCCGAAGUCCGUCGCCAUUGGCUGCGCGGGAGUGCGGGCGGAGGGCCUGGGCGAGGAGGGACCCCGCCUCCCCCCUCCUCAGGCGGGCCUUGUCUCCAGAUAGGUUACACCCUCGCUCAGCGGAAUCUAAAUGCUCAAUAUCUCCCCUUUGCUGUGGCGGCGUGGCUGUGACCGUAGGGGUGGGUGUGGGGGUCGCCGGGGGCGUGGGGGCCGGGGGGUCGCGGCGGGGGGUGGUGUGGCGCGCGCCCGCCCCCGCGCCCCCCACGCCGCCCCCGCAGGAGAAGACCGAUGAGCCGUUGCUGCCAAGGAUUGCCGAGGAAAAAGAUUCUCCGACGCAUCAUGCAAGGAACUUGCCUAAUAGCUCCAGCAGGACGCCAGCAAAACAGCCAACGCCGAGCAUAUUCACGUCAUCUCCCAAACCGAGCAUGGACAAGUCCGCGUUCGACACGUCGACGUCGUUCGCGUCCCUGUCUCUGUCCGACGACUCGUACGCCGACGGGUCGGCGGAUAUGUCCAAUAUCGACACUUCCAGGGAGAUCAAUCUGGACGACAGCCGAACAAGCACAGAUCUCAGUUUGAUGGUAGAUGACAAACAAAAACCUCCAAUCGAACCGCCCCCACCCGUACCCCUACCACAACCACCUUCGGAACCACAGCCCAAGGCUCGCAAGAAGUCAGACUCCAGUCUCAAGGACGAGGACUCGAAAGGGAAGGAGAAGAAGAAGGAGAAACCUGAGCUGAAGAAACAGGAUUCGAUAAAGAAGUUAGAGAAACAAGAGUCUAAGAAGGAACUCAAGCAGGAUUCAAAGAAGGAGAGUAAACAAGAACAUAAACAAGAUGUUAAAGAAGAAAAUAAGACAGAAAAGGCGAUGGAGCGGACCGGUUCGGUGAAGAAGACAGAGAAGCAGGAGAAAGCCGAUGCUAGGAAGCAGGAGAAGAUAGAGAAGAAGCAGGAGAAGAUCGAAGCUAGGAAGGAGUCGUUUAAGAAGAACGAGGCUGCUCUGAAGAGACAAGAAUCGGUGGAUGCAGUAAAGCUGCCGGAUUCUUCAGAGAUAGUGACAGAUACUCGCAAGAACAGUAUGGUGAGCAAACUACUAGGCGUGAUGGGCCGCAAGCGAGACGACGAGGAUCGCCCGGGGAAGAAGGCGGAGAAGAAUAAGAAGAAGAACAACACGUCAACACAACCUCACCCCCCUCAACAACAAAAAGUCCAAGACGACAACAAACAAGACAGACAAGAAAAUGAGGAGAAGAAGGGCAAGAAAAACCGCGGUCGCGCGUCUAGCUCAUCAUCCGGCGAGAAGUAAGGUCACAGAAUAACAACAUCUAUGGUCAUAGGACGACGGUCUAUGACAUAGACAAAGAAAACUAAAGACAACGAGACAGCGUAGCCAUUUCAAUACAACUUUCCGACCUAUCUCAUAUGAAGCGACAAGAUGGGCGUUGUAAAACUGGACCCACGAUGAGGGACAAAAAAUAUCAGCGCUACGUCCCGUUUCUCGUGUAUUAAUACGCGUUUCUCUUUCUUGUAUGAGCGAAACAAAAGAUGGGACGAUGUCUAUAGUUUCCUUUGUCUACAGUCUAAUUUAGUGUAUGUGGUUUGGUUGUAGAUACUCUUGAAUUUUGAGAUUUUUUUAACAACAUAUAGAUGUAUAUUUUCGGUAAUCGUUGUGUACAUAUGCGCUUAUAAUAUCUCUUUAUUGGUAUGUUCAGCCUUUCUAUCAUCAGCGCGUUUUCUCGGUUGUUUUCUCAGCCGUUAAGAAUCACAGCCCACGGUCCGAUGCUUAACAUCUGGGUACGCCAAAAAGUGGACAAAGUAAUCGUUUAAUUAAAUUCAUGUAUACGUAAAAUAUCUAUCGCUAUGAUGUUCAUAUUUAUGCUAAUAAGAUUGAAUUUAGAUGAAAAUUGAAUUUAGUGGAUUGUAAUGAGAAAUACGAAAAGGGUAGGUGAGUUUAUAUAUAUACCAAAUUUGUGAUAAUUACGUACGGUAUCCUAAAAAGGCUCCUCCUACUCCUUUAUGAAUGAUUUUUUUAGAUAUGGUCUAAAAAAUUGUUUUCAUCAAAGUGUUUAUAAUCUAUACUAUUAUUCUAAAGAUGUAAGCGUUUGUGUGUUUGAGGUUACUGAACAGAUUUCAAAAUUUCUUUCACCAUUAGAAUGGUACGUUAUCCAGGAUUGCUAUAGGCUAUAUUUUAUCUCAAAAAUAAAUCAAUAUUUUUUUUCCAGUACUCGUAAAUUUAGUGAAACUUAACUUACUAUUCUGAGUCUUGUGUAAGAAAAACAUUAUUUUCUAUAAUCGAAUCUAUAAAGUUAUAAAGACCUUUAUUUAACACUAGCGGCGCGCCCUGGUUUCGUUCGGAUGAAUACAUAAUAAAUAUACACCUAAAGCUUUCUUUUUAAAAAUCUAAAAGUUAUCUGACGGCGCGUCCCAGCUUAAAAAUUCAUAAUAAAUGAAAUUCAUAAAAAAUUAUACAACAAAACCUCCCUCCGGAAUUACACUGUGUAUAAAAAAAAAAAACUAUAAAAAAUACCACAACAAAAUCCGUUGCGUCAGUUUAAAGAUGCACGUGACAUGCACAAGGACAAACAGCGGGAAGCGACUUUGUUUUGUACUAUAAUUAUAAUCAUUCUGAAAUAAAAAUGGAAAUCAAACAUGUGUCAAGACCAAAUCCUGAAAUAUAUAACUAUUUUAACGCCAUAUUUAUCACUAUGUUUCAUUCAAUACGGCGUACUUUAUCACAGCCGUUUUAUAAUCCGAAUUAACGUUAAGUAGCCGUAACCGUAAAACGACGUCUUUAUGUAAAACGGAUUGAACAAUAUGUCUGCGAUAUGUAUAUUAAUUUAUUAUGUUUGAUUGCAAGGAAUCGUUGAAAUUUUAAUAUCAAUCUGGUGUUCAUAUCGGUAUAUAGGUUCCGUCGGUUUCGGUUGUAUAGGUUCCGUCGGUUUAUGAAUGUGUUCUUCGAUUAAGGAUGGUAUUCAGUGUCUUGAUAGAUUCCGAUGCAUUGAACUCCUUUUUGAAAAUUGGCUAAAAAUUGGAUAAUGCUUCAGUGCGUAUUAUAUUUGUAGUUAUCAGCAAUUUAACUGCAAAAUAAUAGGAUGAAUGUUGAUUCUGUUUCACCGCUUACUGAUAAACUAUCCGAUCGAACAGAUAGUGUUAAAAAUUGUGUUAUACAAGUGUUUGAUAGCAGUUCAUGUAAUAAUAGCAUUUAUCAGUAUAAUAUUUUAUGAAUUUGUGGUGAAACAGACCUAUUGUGUAUUAAGACUUAAGGUUAAUGUUGUAAAUAUUUUUGAUCUUAAACGACGUGUAAAUUAAAUGGUGAUUUUGCAUGAGUUUAAUGAGAAAAACGUAAAAAAAAAUACCGUAAGCUUCAUUAGACUGUGUGUAGGCUGUAUAAAAUUAUUAUUUUUUAUUCUGUGGCACAAAUAGUUCGAUGUAGAAUUGAUGUUAUACAAGGUCUUGGCUCGUCGGAGGCUUGCGGAGAAAAUGGCGUCUAUAAAAAUGGCGCCUUUUUGUCAUAAUAUUUUAAUCAAUUUUGGACAGUGAAAUUGUCUCAUAUUUUUAAUAGUUGGCUAUUUUAUAUUUUUAUGUGUAUAGGUAUUUCAAGCAAGCAUUACUGUCAUUAAGUUAAUUUUUGUCUGUCUGGCCGCUUAUAUAGCACCAAUCAAUAUAACAAUCGAACGGGUGUUUAUUCUUUAUGUCAGUCACUAAAAAUUGUGAGUUUUUGUUUUCAAUUUUACAGUUGUUUUCGAGAACAAAUGUUACAGAUUCAGUAAUUGGCAGUGGAAUAGAAAAUACGAAAGGAGGUAUGCCUAUAUAGAUUUUUGCUAGCAAAGGACUCACUCAGAAACAGUAAUGCUUGGAUGAUCGCCACUGUACAGUCUACAGCACAUCAAGUUACCCUGCCUGAACCUCUAUGGCGCGGUAAUAGCGGCGAGAUUGCAAUGAAUUUUGGGUAGUUUAAUGUGCUGUUGACUGUACAUAAAUAUUUUAGUAUUCUUAUAAAAAGAUACGAUACUAAACAUUAAAACGAUAUACGAACGAAAUUUUCGAUUUUUCAUAUUAAUGUCAUUGAUAUUCCAUGUAAAAAUUAUACGAGGUUGAAGAGGCUCGUUUUGGCAAAAGCGUGGAUCUAUUGGGAUAAAUUUAAAGCAUAGUCAAAGAACACUAUAUGGAAAAGAUCUACCUAGUAGAUCAUGACAGACUGCUCUCGUAAAAGCCAACGCACAAUGGCAAAAGAUAUGUAUGUUUGUUUGUAAUAAUAUUUAUUGUACAAAGAACACAUUUUAAAAUAUUGAAAUAAAAUGUACUCAGUCAAAACGGGCCUCUUGCGUCUCGAUGGCUAUGUUUGAGAGCGGCCUCAAUGCUCCGUUGCGUAAAUGCAGCGUUGCUAUUCCGUCGUUUCAUAUUUCGUGUUUUGGCGUCGCUGUACUGCAGUUGUGGCAUACAAUACUGAUGAUCAGUUGACGCGUAACGGAGCGCAGCAGCCGCAGCAAUGAGUCCGCACUCUUAGUUUAUCCAGUAUUACAUUGUUGAGGCGUAUUGUAGUAUUUUUGUUGGCUAAGCGCUUAUAAAUUGCGCUAAGUCACUAUGUCUUUUUAAUCUCAUUUAAAGUGAUUAGUUUUAUGCCGCGGCAUCACAAUUUUUCAUAUAUUUUGACAUUUGAAACACCCAAUAUUAUCCAUUUGAAAUUUUGUCAAUUUUAUUGAACUUAGACCGAGAAAGCUAUAGACGAUUGAGACAUCACAUGAGAUAGGACUAUUUCAUACAUAUGUUUACGUCUAAUUGAUAUAACGCAGUAGGAUGGGCCUAGUGAAAGGCGACGCGUGGUAAGGGACAAAACAUAAGCGCUCUAUCCCGCUUCUCCUCGUGCAUUUUUACGUGUUUCUCUUGUAUGAGUGAAAUGAAAGAUGGUGAUGUCUAUAGUUUUUUCUGUCUAUAGUCUUAUGCUUGGGUGAAGGAUUUUAAGCUGUCAAGUAUUACACCGCCGUAAUUACUAUCCAUUGUGAUAGGGAUUGAGUUUACUGCCUGGUUUGUAUAUAUUCUUAUGCCUUAGUACUGUUUUAUCGGUUUUGAAUCGUGUCUCGUGCGAAAGAGACAAAAAACGUAACUAGCAGACUCUUUUCCGAAUCCCUAUACGUAUCAAUUAAUCAGGGGUACUAAAAAUACUAUUAUCAUUAACCUAAAAUUCUCAUGGAUAUUUUUUACGCGAGUGAAGCCGCGGUCUUUCGGAGUAUAAGGUUUCUUUUGUAAAAACUAUAGCCAUUAGAAAUACUAUUGUGAUAUAAUUUUAAAGCUUCUAGAUAUUCUAUGUUAGUACUUUUUUAAUGAUAGCACCGCGCUUGCUUGUUUUGUUUUUCUAUUUGUUUUUUUUUCUACUUGUAUUUUUGUGUCAAAGUCCACGCCACGUAAUAAGUUUCGCGGCGAUAUUUGGAACUAACUUAAUUUAAAGUCGGCCAUGUUGUUUUAUCAGCGACAGUGGCGCCGCGUCUACGGGACUUAUUUCAUGGCGCGGUCUAAUGUCUACCGUGAUUUUUCAUAAUUUUUUUUUUUACUAAUAACUUAACAUUUUUUGUUGUAACGGAACGCAGUUUGAAAGCGUGAAAUGGAAUGUAAUCACAGAUUUUUUUAAUACGUAACAUUUACAGCUGUCGUAUUGUUAUUAUUUUGGGGAAAAUUUAAAUUCGCGGUUAAUGUCAAAUAGAGAAAAAUAUUGACAUUUCAGAAUUUUUUUUAUCAGUGCCAUAGAUUUGAGCGUCUGCUUGUUAAUUCUGCACAUACAAAAGACUUGGUUUACGCCUUUUAUUACAACGUCAUUAAGUAAAAUAAAAAACUACUGACGAUGGGUGUAUGGGAUUAGAACCCUUUGCCUUUCCAUAUGGAUAAACUAAACAAAAAAAAACAAUUUCUGGACCUCUCUCUCUCUCUCUCUUCUGAGCGAUUUCCCGUUUCUGGUAUCUGAUGUUCUAUGAGCGCACUCUGAUAGGGGACAAUACAAAAUAUUUUAUAUAGUUUGAAACUACGCGUUGACGUUUUUUCGCUCAUUAGUGGGCGCCAUUGGUCACGUGAAGUCCGGUUACUGUGAUUUACGUUUAAAAUGCGCUCGCGCAUGCGUACUAAACAGACAAAAAAUUUCUUUGGACACUUUCAAACGUUCCUUUACUACAUCUAGCGGCGUAAUCACUAUAAUAAUCUUUUGGCUUCUCUGUAGAUGUAUUGUGUCCAUGAUAUGAAAUUAGUUUUUAUUUUAAUUUUAAUUUUGGUAGCGACGUCGCCGUAGCAGAUCUUUUUUUAUUGUUAUUUAAUUAUAUCGUCAAUUUUAUAUACACAACAAAACAAACAGAUGCUCAAAUGGUCAAGUCUUCCCAAUAUCUCGUUACAUUUUGCCUGUUGAGUUUUUUUUAUUGCUUUAAAUAUUUGUUAGCUGACGGUCGAUGUACAGACCAAUUAGAAAAUACGAAACGAUCUCAGUAAUCAAGAAAUAUUGGGAAUAUUGUUGGGAAUUCAUCCUGAAUACAGUAAAAAAAUGUCUUCUCGAACAUUCCAGAAUACAUUAAAAAUAAACUAUUUUCAAAAACAUUUCUCUCAACUAUUCUCCUUUGUGUUUAUGUAAAUAACAGUUUUACUUUAGUAAAAUUGUGUUUUUAUAAUAUCUCACUUGUUUAUUCUUGUGGGAUUUGCAAGAAUUUAUAAGUGACUUAUUCAAGAGUUUCUAAUAGAAAUAGUGAUACGAAUUAUUUUAUAUGUGUUGCGACUAUUUUGUGUAGGACCCUAGCGUUCAUGACUUGCAAAAGGUUGUAUGCACAAAUAACAAUAUGUAAAUAUCGAGAAAAAUCUUACGUUGCAUAUUCAUUUAUUAGCUAAAAGAAGUGAAUAGAGAAUAUUACUGUGAAUUUAUCACGCCAGAGGGCAGUUUAUCAACAAGUAAAGUGUAUGUAAACAUCGUAUUUUUGACAGUGACAGUCGACCUAGCCUUAAAAAAUGAUAUUUUGGCGCCAUCGCGACUGAUGGUUUGUAUAUUACGUAAUAUUUCCUAUUGCUUAGGGCGCGUCCUCAUUGCUCAGUCGCGCUCCGUUGCGACGACGCAAUACUUUGUGGCUCCGUCGUGUUCGACGCAUAGCAACUGACAUCGAUAUCAAAAACUAUAGAAAAAACGAAGAGCUGCAAUGUUUAUUGCGUCGUCGCAACGGGGCACAAAUGAGCAAUGGGAACAUGUUAUAAAGUGACGUAUGAUCUGGCAUAUUGCCACUAGUAAUUGCAUGGAGUACCGUCCAUUCGCUCAUUACUUUUCUUUCACAUAUAUUAUGUAUGCUAGUGACAAGUUAUAUGCCAGAUCAUGUGCUAUUUUCCACAGAUGUGAACUGCGACUUACGUUUGGCUAAAUUUGUCAUUUUUUAUGCAGAAGUAAAAAUAAUAGUAAAAUCGAUAUGCACGGGUUUUUCAGAUGAAAACUGUCGAUAGUAAAUCUAUCGAUAGUCCGCCAACGCUGGUAUGGGCAAUAGGGUAGAUACCCCAUGUUUUUAUUUGUGUUUUUAAAAUUAGUUAUUUUAAUGUCAAUAGGAAUUUUUAUUUUUAGCUUGGACAGGAUGAAAUUGUACAAUAAACCAAUGUUACUAUUAAUGUAAGCUUGUGUGAAGCGUUACAGACUUAUGAUGCGAACGGGAAUCGUAAAAGGCGAGUGGGUGAUUACGCGCCCACUAAAAUUCAUAAUUUUUCGCACCAUAUGUCUGUUCUGCGCGUUGCAAUUAUUUUUAUUAUUAAUUUUCUUGUUUUGUAUUCGAGUAAUACUCACUGGUUAGUUUGUAAAUUUUUGGGUAAAUUUUUGUGCAUGGUGAUACAGGGUAACUGGCUCAUACCCGAAAAGUAUAAUUUUUAAAAAAGCAACGCUAAAAUUUUGAAUAUUCUUUCGAGUCAUGAUACAAUGAAUUUUUAGUAGGUUCGAGUUAUUUGAUACAAUUUGUUUUGGGACCAUUCGAUUUUACGUUCAAUAUUAUCGGUUUUUUUAUAAAUGUUUUCGUACAUUGGGACAUUUCAAGAAAUGCUCGAUUUUUUGUAAAACUUGAAUAACGCCAAAAUGGCGGAGUUAUGGUUUUUAAAUAUAACAUUCUACGUAUUUUUUUUUAUAAUAGCUGCUCAAUCAUUAUUAUAGUAUCAAAUCGUAUGAGAACUAGUUUUUGAUGUCGAAGCCUAGUUAUUGAUUAGUGGCAUGAAAAUAGUUUCAUUAAGUUCAUUUUGUUACAUGUGUAUUGACUUCACAAUGAAACUAGAUUCAUGUCACUAGUUUCGUAUUGAUAAUUAGGCUUUUCGAAAUUUUGGUCAGACAUCCUCAUAAUUUGCGGUCACUAUUCCGCUAGAUUGUAAUUUUAACGUAUUUUUUUUAUACUACCAGUUAUUGUUUUCGCGCCACGAUUUCUUGUAUCAGAAAAGUCGACUAAUGUAGUGCUGUCUCUUUCAAUUCAUUAACUGUGUAGCUUGCCAUCGCCGCUGCAGAUGAAUAUGUAAUUAACCUAGCGUUAAAAUGUUAAAUGUGAUUUAUAAAUAGUAAAGUUCUAUAGUGAGCAAGGGAAUUAUUUUCUCAAUCUAGUAAUACGAAUAUGUGUAUGAAUUGAUAUGAAAUACGAAAUAAAGUCAUGGAUUAACUA